ACAAAUAGCACAAUGCGAUAUUGCAUAUCUUAGCUCUUUGUUGUGCACGUUAUCGAUCGAAGCCAGCUCUGCGAUUCCUCUGAGUUUGAGAGUUCUGUGAGUCUCAUCAUCUUUGCUUCUCUAAGUCGCUUGUCGUCAAGUGUUCGAUCCACGUCUCGAGGCUUCGUGGUUGUGUGAGAGAAGUUAGGGAUGGCGAGAACGAAGGGAGCAAACCGUGGCAUUGCCAAAGGGAAGAAGACUCAUGGAGCGGGACGCGCUGUGGUUAAGAACAAGGUCAGCCCUGCGAUAAAGUUUGCGGACAUGAGGGCCAAUGCAGGACGGAGCUUUUCGGUUGCUGGAGCAAAAAUGUCGGAGAAGAUGACACACCUUCGUGCCAACCUCAUGCUCAAGGUGUACCGAUUACAACAUCCCACGCACCCGGUGAAGCGAGUGGCCGCCACUGAGUCCAUCAAGGAGAUGAAAGCAGCUGCUACAGAGAGGAGAAUCCAGAAGGUGGCUCGUGCAUCGGACGUCGCAGCUAGGAAGCGUGCAGCAGUGCGGGAGCGUCGCGCCUUGGACAUGGCUAGACACACAUAAACACUGCGCACUGUAGUUCCCACUCGAGAGCUUCGUGGAAUUUGUCACUGUCAGAUGCUCGAUCGUGAGCAACUACUCUUCCGAAAGCUGCACAUUACUUGCGACAAGGUUCCUUGCGAGUCAUAAAUCAUCACCUAGUUCUGCGUAGAAUCUGUACAGCAGUGAUUCGUAAGAAUCGAAGAUGUUCUGGACGAUUGUUUGUCUUCACUCUGACCACUUUUGCAUCUUUCGUAGAACAUUAAUGAGUUUCCCCUUCUUAAUCUAGAGUUUAGCAAUUCUAAGGUAAUGGUGCUGUAAAAAGUACCAAAUGUACACAUUUGUUGAGACCCUCACCAUGUAAAUACAAAUUCUCUUGCUUGCGGAUUAUCACUCUCA